UAUUUGUUAAUAAGGAAAAACUGGACCAAUUAACCAAAACCACAUAUCAAACAAACAUUGGGAAUAAUUGUAGUGUUUGUGAUCAUUUCUCUCAAAGAAGUACUCCACAUCCACCAUGGCCACAACAACAACAGAUACAGCUUCUUCAACGAUGGCUGCUGUUUCAAAGAAGGUACUGAUAACAGGUGUAAGUAAAGGAAUAGGGAGAGCUUUAGCUUUGGAAUUGGCUACUUAUGGUCAUACUGUUAUUGGCUGCUCUCGCGAUCAAACUAAACUUGAUUCUCUUCAAUUACAACUCUCGAAGGUUUCUCCUAUUGUCAACCAUUUGCUCCUCAGCGUUGAUGUGAAAUGUAAUAGAAGCGUUGAAGAGUUUGCAAGAACUGUCGUGGAAAAUGAACUCGUUCCCGAUAUCAUUGUGAAUAAUGCAGGUGUGGUAAAUAAAGUAGGUAACAUGUGGGAGAUUGAUGUACAAGAUUUUGACACUGUGAUUGAUAUCAACAUUAAAGGGACAUCUAAUAUUCUUCGUCACUUCAUUCCUCUUAUGAUUCCUCAUAACCAAGGAAUUAUCGUCAAUAUUUCUUCACUUUGUGGAAGAGAUAAUAAUCAAUAUAAAUCGGUUGCACCAUAUUGUGCAUCAAAGUGGGGAAUUGAAGGAUUAAGCAAAUGCAUAGCACAAGAAUUACCAAAGGGAAUGGCAAUUGUAGCCCUAGAUCCCGGUGUCAUAUACACAGAUAUGUUGGAAUCAUGCUGGGGUGAUUUGGCUUCACGGUGUCAAACCCCAGAAUAUUGGGCUACUAAAGCAGCACCAAUAAUUUUAAAUCUUACAACGAAGGACAAUGGAGCAUCUCUCACUAUUAAUUAAGGUUUCAAAAACUUCGAUAUAUCAUAUAUUUAUUAGAACUUACUUUAACUAAGAGAUCAUUAAAUAUUAUGUAUCUUAACCUUUGUUUGAGUUAUAAUAAAUACAUAUCCUUUAAUUUCAACA